GUCUCCAAAACAUGUAUUUGUGUGUAGACUCUUUUCUACAAUAUAUUGCAUAGCAAAGAAUCCCUGUAACUGAAGGUAUAGCCGUUCUAUGGUGCGUUUUUAUCUCUCGUGAUAACAAAAUCUUUAUCAGCGUCAACGUUUUGAUACCAAACCAUUGAGUAGUAUGAUAAGAAGCACUCAAUUGAAGGCAGAAUUUCGACAGUAGCAGACAUGAGAUUGUUUCAACUGUGACAUAUGGCAAUUUCUUGUAGUGGACACGAAAAAUGAAGAAGAAAGGUCCUCCGACUCCUCCGAAAACCUAUCGGAGGCUCGACAAACCAACGCCGAUCCCACAAGUGAACAAGUUCUACGACAGUGGUAUUUCCGAAGAUGUUGACCGGUCGAGUGAAAGGUGUAUAGAUCGUUCGAAGAGCGUACGAGAGCUGAGAGAAGAAUUCACUAAAAUUAAUUUCAUUCCAAUGAGAAUCAGUUCGCCAAAGUUGUCGGUAUCGCCACAGCAAUCAGUUUCAUCUACGAAAUCAGUUUCGCCAAAGCUAUCGGUUUGGCCAAUUUCGUCAAUUCCGCCAAAACCACCGAUUCUGCCGAAGCCAACGAAUACAAAGAAGCAGAGCGAAUACUGCUACAAUGAUUGUUAUGAUGAUAGCAAUACGUAUGAUGCAGUUUCCUUCAGUGACUCUGAGGAGGGAUUUUACGAUUCGGUAUCCAACGACGAGUCGGACCAUCCCCGGAAUGCCGUCGAGGAGCUUCUUCAAAACGAACGGAAAUACGUGGAAAGGUUACAGUAUUACAUAAACAAACUGGUGCCACUGAUGUAUCAGCACAACAUAUCAAAUGGCCUCAGAUUCCAGAAAAACAACGUCUUUACGAACAUCGAAUCCAUUCAAGCUAUGCAUCACAACACCUUUCUGCCUGCACUGGAAAGUUGUGGAAACGACGCGGAAAACAUUGCUCUCACCUUUAUGCAACUGAUAGAAAAUGGUACCUUCUACUGUUACGUCCUGUACGCUCUAAAUAAGCAUAAAUCUGAGAAGAUUUGCGAUGCCAAUAAAGACUUCUUUAAACAUGCAUACUCGGAUCUAACCCAAUUUCUAUUGGAGCCUGUCCAACGAUUGCCAAGGUAUAGAUUGCUACUCAAAGAAAUGGGCAAGGAGGCCAGUCGGAACGGUACAAACAUAGCAGCUCUGGACAAGGCUGAACGUCUUCUUUCUCGGUUGAUUGAACUAGCGGAUGCAGCGGUAAAUUUGAGUGACAUUCUACCCUUUCUGGAGGUCCAGAAUCAACCAGGACGAUCACUAGAAUUGAACUACCAUAAAGACUUGCCUUUGACGUUAAUCCUGCGACCUGAAUUGUUCAAAAACGCUGCACAAAGAGAUCCUAUAAAUCUAUUAAACCAAGGAAAACUAGAAGACUAUCUCGAAUUAAAAAUCUAUGACUACAACGAGCGUCGUCGAUAUCAGUCCAAAAUCUUUCUUUUCGAAAAUCUUCUACUGUACACUGAGAUCAUAAAAGCGAAACUGGAAUACAGAGGUCACUAUUUGGACAGUGAAGUUAAUUGUACAAUAGAAGAAACACUCAAGCUGGAAGUCUGUUCAAAGUGUUGUACUCAAAAAAUUGAAGUGCAUUUUGAUACUUUUUCAAAGUUGAAAUUUCUUGAGGAUCACAUAGAAAAGAUGCGCCGACGAUUCCGCCGUUCACAAGCUGAGGAAUUGAUCAAUGAAAAACAAAGACACUCACAGGAAACACUAGAUUCGAAGGGGAAUACCAGGCAAAAAGUAGCUGAAGUACAAGACACUGAAUGGUAUAUUAGAGAAUUACAGCGAUCGUUAGUACUGAAUCAGCAACAAUUUUGUGACGUUUUGCAGGUAAACUAUGAAUAUUAUCUUGGUGGUGAUGUACCUGAAUCAUUUAGAGGAAUAUACGACCUACACCGAGAGCGAAUUUUGCCUGAUUUGACAAGCUCCAUAGCGCUUGACAACAUGUGUGAUUUAUUCGUUUCCUAUCUUGCGGAAAACGUAUUGGCUCCAGUGUAUAACGACUACUUACGAGAAUUUAAAAUGGCGACUGAAAACAUCAAGCCAGAUUAUAAUCGUAUGGCACCCGGAGUUACAUACAGAGUGGAGGAUUUUACCUGCCUGUGCAUUAAGCAGCUGAAGGUGUAUUGCGAUUUCUUCAACGACGUAUGCGCCCGAAUGGCCGAAGACAGCGCUGCAAAUAAUCGAGUCGAUUUGGAUCUGUUUCGGAAAGUUGCUAGCACCCAGAAGGAGCUGGACCAGUUUGUGCACAAUACUGAACAAAACUUUGAACUGUUCAACAUGGGUCGCCAGGCCGUAGACUGUGGACUGGUGCGAUACAGUGAAGCGGUCCAAUUGCAGGUGGAUAAUAAAACGACGGAAGAGUGCCGCCUGUUUAUCAACGAACUAGCGGCGGUUUGUGUUAGUGUUCAAAGAAAUAACAGAAAUGAAGAGCACUAUCGACAAAUAAUAUUUAUCGAUAAGUUCCGCGGACGUAGUGGACCUAUGGGUAUGCGGAAUAGCAAGAAGACUGAAUCUAGGCUAAAUUUUGUGAUCGAUAAUUUUAAGUAUAAAAUAAUUUUUAGCAACCAACAGGUUACUGAACGGUUUAGACAACAGUAUAUUACUAAUUUUGUGCUGGUAAAAUAAAACCACGCUGUGUUU